CGCUUUCCGGCCGAUUUGCGGCAGCGGCUCUCAGCUUCCACAUGGCAGUGUGUGUUCGCUUACUGUUGCGUCUCUCGGUUCGGUAGUGUUCUAGUUAGUUAUUUAUUUAUAAACGUAACGCGAUGGGAAAGUCGAAGAACGCGAGGUUUAAGCGCGCGCAGUUCGCACCGGAUGGACCUCCGGUGAAAGCUAUGAAACGCGCCGCUGAAGAUGAAGAUGAAGAUGAUGUGGUUGAGUCUCCGCAUGCAGAAUUACUUGAAAAACUGCAGAGUCCGAGUGCAGACAUACGCGAGUACGCGUGUGCGAGUAUUUCCCGAGUGGUUCAGCAGAGUCAGACGAUCCCGGGCUUCCUGCACCGAGACGCAGUGAGGAGGUUAGCACCGCUUCUUCUGGACAGCAGCCUGGCGGUCAGAGAGACGGCAACCGGGGCGCUCAGGAACCUGAGUGCGUGUGGAGGAGCGGAGGUGUGUGAGAACAUGGUGAGGCAGGACGUCCUCACUCCUCUCACCGCUCUGCUGAACGAGUGCCGUAUGGGGGUGCAGAUGAGCUCCAGUCCCGUGAAGAAGGACCAGAAACCGACAGUCGAGGAUGUUGCGAAUGAAGCUGUGAAUCUACUCUGGAAUCUCUGUGAGAGCAGCAGUACAGCAGUGUCGGUGUUUAAUGGAGCGAGACUUCUGGAUGUUCUGUUGCCGUACAUUGAGAAACAUCCACACAACAUCCAGCUCGCUUUAUCAGCAGCACACUGCUUGCACACAGUGACCGAGGAUAACGCCGAGCUGGCAGGAAGUGUAAACGGUGCCGUUUUGACCGCUUUAGAGAACGUGUUGCUCUCCACACACUCCAGUAUGGAACACGUUCUCUUACGCACUCUGGCUGCAGGAACCGUGUGGAACCUGAAGAGCUGUCUCUCCUCCACCCGUCAGGCCAAGGCCGUCUCUGCCGUGGUGAAGACGCUGGCGCAUUGUCUCAGUCUGGACGCCGGAGCGCUGAUCCCAGACCUGUGGCAGAGCGAGGCGAGUCGCCAGGCCAGCGGCGGCACGGCUGAUCCGGAGUCAGCGGGGCUGGAGGAGCCGCAGGCCGGGGUGCAGGAGGAAGAGGAGAUGGAUGACGGAGAGAGAAAGAUGAACAGAGGAAAGAGGAACGGGAAAAAGAUGGAAAAAGAUUUAGCUGCUUUUCUGCCUAGAGACAAACCGGAGCUGAGGGAAGCUGUAGCACUAUUGACAGCACAGCAAACGUCACAGGAGAUCAUUGUCAACAUGUGUUGCUCAGAUGAACCCUCCGAUGACGAGUGGGAAGAGAUGUCAAGCAGUGACGAGAGUGAGAUAUGUGCCGACGGUGUGGCAGACGGAAACUCCAGCCUUUUCUCUCCUCUCUGCCUUUCUGCGGAGUUACACACAACACUGCUGAACUACAACAUACCACAGCAGGUCUUGAAGAAAGCGGGGUUUCCCAGCCAGGCCGCUGUGGAGAUUUGCGCCAAGGAUCCAGCGUGGAAGUGCCUCGUUAAGAAAAUGCAGCGGGUGCAGUGUCGGGCUCUGACGUGUCUCCAUAACAUGCUGGCUGUGAUGGACGUGGACUGUUUGGGUGGAGCUGCAGGACUGCAGGCCGUCGCUCAGCACCUCUCGUCUCUGAUCUUUAGCUCGGCAGAAGUUUUGAAGGAUGAGGAGUUCUUGGACGCCGUGACCAGUGCCAUGCGCUCGCUGCUCCAAAUAAUGGCCUCCAAAAAUAUCCCUCAGUGUAUGAGCCCUCAGCAGUUGAUGAGCGUGUGUGAAGUAGCAAUGCAGUGUGAUGUGUUGAGUGUGAGGGUGAACGCUCUGGCCAUCCUGGGCAUCACAGGAAGCACGCUGGCUAAAGACAAGGGAUCUGCUGAGACCCUGCAGCUGAUCGGAAACGCGCUGCUGAGCGUAGCUUCUAAAGACCUGAAUCUGGUGGCGUGCGGAGAGGCGCUGGACGCUCUGUUCGACGUUUUUGCGGACGGCGAGGAGGCGGAGCGAGCGGCGCAAAACAUCAACCUGCUCGCUGCUCUCAAAUCCCUGCAGCCUGCCUUCGCUGCCAAGAUCCGGAAGGAAGGCAGAGGGAAGUACAGCCCGGAUCAGCUGUGCGUCCUGGACAACAUCAAGGUGAACCUGCGACGGUUCAUCGGUUACCUGGAGUCGCUGCGGAAGAAAUAGGACAUCAGGCACGACAGACUCUAAUUGAAUGUGAGGUUUUGCCGUUUAAAGCUCUAAUCAGGAAGCUGUGGAACUGGCAGGCCAGUUUUUUUUUUUGUUUGUUUGUUUUUUUCCGUGUGACUGUAAUUACUGAGAACACCAGCACGUGCACUCUUUAUUCUAGAUUUGAGUGGCGGUUCAUUUCAAAAAUAUGGUUAGUGUAUUAAAUAAUACCCUAGUCCAGGAGAUAAAAUAUCACUCAGGGUGUUCUGUAUCAGCGUCAGUGUAAUCACCUGUUUACUUUCGGCGUAGAAAUAUUUCCGCUGUUAUAUCCCUCCCUUACUUUGGUCACUCGGGUAGAUUGAUUAUCGUCAAAGAAACGAAGGGACUCGACAAAUUCAAUUCGCUUUACGUCCAAAUUAAAUAGUCCGAGGUUUUAUUUAUUUUAUUUUUUUGCUUUUAAUUACUAUAUAAAUUUUUUUUUUUUUUGCUUGUAUUUUUCUCAUUUGUCAGUCGCUUGGGAUAAAAAAAAAAAAAAAAAAGCGUCUUCCAAGUGAAUAAAUGUAAACGUAAUAUAACAACACGAGUGAAAUUUCUUUCUCCGUUUUUAACAUCAACAUCUCCGCGUCCACAGAUCUGAUAGAUUUUUUUUAAUAAAUUUUAUUUUAUUUUUUUUGCCGUUUAAUUUUACAGCCUAAUACGGUGUGUAUCUAGAAAGUAAAAAAAAAAAAAAAAAACGACGAAAUUACAUACGGUUUUAUUUCCGGAAAAUACGUCGAGUGCAAGCGUGUACUGUGUAAAAAAAAAAAAUUCAAAAUUCGGACGCCGGGUUCCGGUUUGGACGUUUCCUGAUUGGGUCUUGAAGGACAAACCCGAAUAUUCGUCUGAAAAAAGCGUCUCUCGUUGAUGAAUAUAAAUAUGCCGGGACAUGAUGAGGUGUUGAUUUUGCCUUCAGAGGUGUUUGAGUGCUUGAUAAAGUCACAAGAGUGGGAAUGAAAAUACCAGAGCUGAUGGGAAUACCUGAGGAUAAUGUGUAAGACGUUGUGGGUCAGAGUGAAUAGAAACCCGUUCUGUUAUGAGUGUAAAAAGAGCCUUAUGAGUGGUUAAGUUUGAGUUUAGGGAAGCGUUAACGGUGACCGUGUAAGAAAACAUGACCCGAAAGAUAUCCUAAAUGAUUUUAUAUAUCAGAGUACGGUAGGACCUUUUUUAUUUGCAGCAGUCCCAUUCAACGUUUCAAGGUGAAAUAUGAAACAGUUUUGCAAAAUAUAUCAAAUGUCCUUUUCUUAACCUUCAGGUGACGCGCAUGCUUAGUGUCUGGUGUUGCUUCUUUACUUUUCAAAAGCCUUUCCAUAAAUACAUGACCGCAUCUUUGUGUAUUUGCUUCACACAUCAUUAAUCUGAUUUAUACUACAGCGCUGCUGAGUUCUCUCAGGUGUUAUCCGUAACUAUAAAUGGAUGAAAACGGCUGGCGUGAUGAUGUCCGAGAAAUAAAACGUAUAGUCGCCGCCAGAUCGCUGUCGUAACCGGAUAAACAGCGUCGGGGUGGAAUCAGUAAUUCAGCUGAUUGUUUUCCUGUAACAGCACGCCAUGGAGUGGUUUCAUUUUUACUUCAUAUGCUCAUUUGAGGAAAGAGAGUUAAAAAGGUAGUAAUAUAAUUUCACUAUGAACUUUUAUGUCAAAUAGAAAGGACCAUCCAUAUUCAGUGUUGGGUUGGGUUUUUUUUUAAGAUUUCGUAGCCGAAGCAUUCAGUUUGUAGUAAAUAUCUGAAGAUUUGUGCAUAUGUUUGCAGAAAUUAUUCUUUUACUUCUCAUUAACUGCAUUAGGAUGGCAUCUCCUAAACUAAAGAAGCAAACAUCAGACACUAAACAUUAUAGAAAUACGUUUAUCUUCAUGCUCUUGUGUAGAAUUGAUUACACUGAAUUGAUGUUAUCGCUAUCAAAGCGUAAAAAAAAAAGAAAAAAACGUAUGAAAUUUUCUUUUAAGUAUAUUGAUUGUUUACUCUCCCAAGACAAUGUACGGAUUAUUUUUGUUUUUUAUAUAUAAAAUACCGUAGCGCUCUGACUGAAAAGGUUUGGUGUGAAUUUUUUUUUUUGUUUGUUUGAUACUUUACAUGAUUAAAGCAUAGUUUAUGAUGAA